GUAUGGAAAUGAGGUGCACAGCUUGCCAAUACGCCGCAAGCGUCGAGCUGCGGGUUCACUACCAUCUACUGUGGUUGAAACUGAGGGCGGAAACUUGCUGACAACCAGCAGUAGCAUCGCCUCUACAAACUCAGCACCUGGUCCUGGCCUAAACCUCUUCACUUCACCCUAUGUACGUGUCACAAAACUUCAGAUACCAAGUCCAGCUCCAACACUUACUUCAGAAAUAGAACGACUAAAGCUGUCUGUAGAAGAACUGAAGACUGAGAUGCGGGACAUAAGGUGUAGUAAAGUUAUGAAUGCAGGAUUUUCAGAAAAUUUGGCCGAUUUAUCUGAACUAUCAACACAUAUUAGUGAUAUAAAAUCACAGGUCUGUGAACUUGCCCCUCUGAACAUCUUGACUAAGGCCAUAAACCCUGGCGAACUUGACACAGAAUCAGUAACUAAGGCAGACACCUUGAUAAACUUCAUCACAACAGAGGUUAUCAAAAGACUUGAUACUAAACUAAGUGUAAUUGUCUACAAUAUACCAGAUACUGAGGGGUUGAAAAAGGUUCAAAGCAUCUUACUUAGGGCGGCGAAAAUGCCUAACUCCCAAACAAAAUGUCACAGAUUGAAGAAGAGUCAGCACGACCACUGCUGUCCUAUACGCCUUCAGUUCGAAACGCAGAGAGAGGCUAAAAAAUUCACCAACCCACAACGUAUCCUAUUACAGGACACAAGCUACAAACAGAUAAAAGUUGUAGCAGAUAAGACAGUGAUUGAAAGGCGUGCUUACAAUCACCUUAAUAAACCAAAUGGCAAGACACCGCAAGCCACUAAAAUAGAUAUACACACUACCAACACGGUAGAACUCAUAGCCUCCCCCCCUCUCUAAUCUCACAAAAAUAGCUCCACAGAAAACGAA